AUGCCAGCAGAAGACCUUAUAAUUGAAACUUUACUAGAAAAUCAUUUGAAAAAUUUUAAAUCCUGCAAGCAGAGCAGUCCAAAACCGAAAUAUAAAACAGAAAUAUGCAAGAAUUGACCACUUAACAAAUGCACUUUUGGAGAAAACUGUGCUUUUGCACAUGGCAAAACAGAAUUAAAAGCAAAAGGCCCAAACUACAAAAAAGAAGAAUGCAAAAAUUUUGCAUAUGGAUUUUGCAAAUAUGGAGAAAGGUGCACUUUUAUACAUCAAAAGAAAAUUGAUCGAUUGCAAGUAUUCAAAAAAAUAACAGCGCAAACAGAUGCUAAAAUAUUUGCUCACCUUAAUCUUUAA